AUGGCCACAUUGCCUAAACGAGUGGUCAAACUCGAAGAGGUUGUCCUGGGCUCGGCCGCCACUGGGGGACUGGUGACUCGAGUGCAAGACCUGGAAGUUUGCUGCUUGGGAUCCGCGGCUGCCGGGCCGUUGCCGCAGCGCCUCGACAAGUUGGAAGAGGUCACCGGCUGCACCGCAGGGGACGGGGCUGCCGUUGCGGUGGUGGCAGCACCUGCACCGGAGGCUGAUGAGGCCGCCACAGCAUCCUCUGAGAGCCAAGACACCACAGCGGAUGGCAAAUCUGUCGAGAAGAAGAACAGGUUGGGCCGGACGGAGCUGCACAAUGCCGUGUGCAGCGGUGACAAAGACCACGUCCAGCAGCUCCUGAAAAAUCGUGCGUCUGUUGAUGCCACGGACGGAAGUGGCCGGACACCACUACACUUGGCCGCCAGUGAGCUCUCGGAACCGGCCAAAAUCGUCGAGCUACUGCUGGAGGCCAGGGCCAGGACUGAGGCUGAAGACCUCAGCGGUUUCACUCCCUUGAAUUUGGCUUGCGAUUCGAAAUGCAAGGAAGCGGUGGCUGUUCUGCAGAGCGCCGAGGGCUUAUCGAAAGUUGCAGAAGGGAUGACAGAAGGUCAGAUCGUGACAGAGGCGCCGCUGGAUGUCCUGCACUUCUUGCCGAAGCACAUGCCAGCCGUGGCCUCCGAUGCGAAUGAAAUCACCUUCGAGGGAAACAUCAUGCCUGGCGCACUGCAAUGCUGGACGUCGUUCCCUGGCAAAUUCAAGGCUGGAUGGGAUGCGCUGGUGAACGUGCCAGCUUUUGGCGACAGUGUUGCAUGCGUUUUCUUGUGCGAUUCCCAGUCUGGCCUUGGGGAGCACAAGAAAGAUCCAAAAGGUGAUGGCAAAAAAUGCUAUUGCUACCGGAUUUAUGGAGAGCGAGCAGAUGCAGAGUACAAGAAGUUUGGAUAUAUCAUCUAUGUACAGAAGAAGUAUUCAGAAUGCAGUGAUCUGGAGAGAAGCAAGCUGGAGCAGACGGCCAACGCCAUGGAUGCAGAGCUUGUUUUUGAAGAUGAUGACAGCAGCACGAGGGACACAAAGGAGAAGCGGGCCAAGGAAAAGUUUGCCCAAAAGAAGACCGCAGCAUUUGGCUGCAGUUGGUACGAUUUGUGGUUCCAACGUGUGAGAGAAGCAGUACAACGAGGCCAACGGCUAAAAGUCGUGUUUUUUCCUGGUGAAGUGAUGAAAGGCAGAGUUGACAUGGAUGCACUGGCCACAGAUGACCUCUGGGAUGGUGUUGGGCUUGGAACGUCCCAGAAAUGCGAGGUUGCCACACUUGAGGCAAUGAGGAAGGAAACUGGCGAUCCCAAAUGGGACUACGAUCCAGUGGAUGUGACCGAUUUCCUCAUUUCACAGUUCAAGGAAGGUGAUUUGGUGGAAGCGUUGGACGCGGACAGCCGGCGUUGGCGCAAAGGCUGCAUCCUGAAGGUUUCGCGAAGCAGGAUGACGAAGGAUAACAGGCACACCGUGCGACACACCUGGAACAUGAUCUGCAACUGGUCCGGGACAGAGUUCCAGUCAGAGCAUCUGAGGCCUUUGGUGCAACAUACCAACGGCUUUGAGGCCAUACUGCAAGGGUUCCAGGAUAAGAAGAUGCUGCGGUCUCUGGAGGAAUUCUUCAGUGUUCAGGUGAAGCAGGUGCAGCGAUCUUGGUCCAAUGGGAGGCAUUCCAUAGCAGUGGAUGUGAACAUCACCAACCUUAGGCAAGCCCACAGCUUAAGGGACAAGGUCCUGAGCGGAGAUUUGGAUCUAAAGAUCAAUGAUAUUUUGUCCAUACAGUGGCAAGUAGGAAUUGAUAAGAGCGCUUUCUUGACCUUCUAUGAGAGAUCCCUUCUGUCAUUGACGGAUCUGACAAAGCAUCAGAACGAAGUUCUCGAAGAGCUCAGAGAUGCAGGUACUCAUGAGCAAGGUGUCAUUCACCUGUCUGCAGCGGCUGGUGCCGGGAAGACCUUCAUAGCGGUGAAGUGGGUCUUAGAGCAUCUCAGAAUGUCCUCGGGAAAGGUGAUGUACAUUGCACCCAACAAGGCCCUCGUGUUGCAUUUCAUUCGGUGGCUAUUGGCCUUUGCACAUGCAGACAGGGACUCAUCAUCAAGAUACUUCUCAAGACUCCUGGUAUGGUAUGAGCCCUACGAUCGAGUACGAGUGCCUGUCAUCAAUGGCAACCAGAUCCUUUUCGAGUCAGCCACAGUUGAGCUGGAACUAUGUCAAGUCAAAGUACUUGACGAAGCGCAUUGCAUUUUUUGCGCGGACACGGACUCACUGAUCCAAGACCGCUUGAAAAGCUACAGUGCGAGAAGCACAGUGCUGCUGUCUGACCUGUCCCAAGGUUCGACCGCAUUUUCAGUUGAUCGACACUAUCCCAACAGGCGUUCAGUCAAACUCAUAGAAGUCGUUCGAAGCACGCAGCGCAUUGUUGCAGGAGCAUUGAAUUUUCGACUUGGCGAAUCACGUAAUGAGAAUGUUGACAGCUUGGGGACACAUGGGCCACCGAUCAAAACCUUUUUAUUUGAAGUCCAGGCAGAACAAGACAAGAUGGAAGAGUAUGCCAAGCAUACUAUUGCAGCCAUCAACUAUGUUCUUUGCCACUUUCCAAGCAUAAACCUGAACAAUAGAAUUGCUCUGCUAGUGAAGGACAAUGAUGUCCUCGGAUCCUUGAGUGGAAAACUCCGACGCCACCUUCAGCACAAGUUUGCCAAGCGAUAUUGCUUGGUGUCGUAUGAGACAUCCCUGAAUUUAUUACCUAGCCACUUGAGCAUUGGAGCAUCUGCACAAGGUGUGCAACAAGAGCAACAGAUCAUUUUGGACACUGUCAAGAAUGCCAAAGGUUUGGAAAACCUCAUCGUGAUCUCAAUUGGGCUUGAUGCCCCCAUUCAGGGUGGUUACGAAGAUGGCGCUACAAGAUCCUUACUAUACCAAGGCAUCACAAGAGCACAGCUGGCUUCAAUGAUCGUAAAUGAGUUUAUGCCAGAUGGCUGGCUGGCUUUCCUGGGUUGUUUGAGGCUCAGCAAGGACACUUUCGAUAAAAAGGCGGCCUUUGCUGAGACUGACAAAGGAGCAGCUGCUGCCAUGCUCAAGGUGAAAGACAGUCGACGGGAGGUUGCCGAGGCCGCCAAGACCUUAGAAGAGGAACCUGCAGCAAACAUCUCUGUGGAACCAGAAAUAGCCACGCAGGAGCCCGCAGUGGUUAAAGUGCUCCCAACUUCUGUGUGGGACACGGACGACAACACGAUCAAAGCCAAGAUCACGACACUGAAAUUUGAUCCACGGUUCACUCAGGAAGAUUCGGAAGAUCCAGAACAAGUCGAAGCCGACGAAGCGGCAGCGGCGAAAUACGACGACAUCGCCGACGCGGCGCUCAACGGCGACCUCCCGGCCGUCCGGGGCCACCUGCGCCGCGACGGCGGCAGCCUGGACCGACUCUUCGGUGAGGACGGCGUGGCAGCGCUGCACCGCGCAGCCAUCCGCGGCCACCGGGCGGUCGUGGAGUUCCUCGUGGCGAAGGGCGCCGCCGUGGACGUCCUGACCGGCGACGGCCUCGGCCGUGCCACUCCGCUGCAUCUUGCAGCAGUGAACGGCCACGUGGAGUGCGCCCAGCAGCUGCUGGCAGCGAAGGCCUCAGUGGAAAUCAAAGACAUCACCGGCAGAACACCCUUGGAUCUCGCAAGAAAUUGGGGACGCACAGAAGUGGUCAACCUGCUGAUGGGCACAGCAUGAAAUAUAAGGUUUGGUAUAGUGAUUCCGGCAUGCUUCAAUUUCGGGCCAAAGUUGCCCUUUGAGCGCAUCUUGUGAAACGAUCAAAGAUGUGCCGUUUAACGCCGUUGGGUUCACAGGAUGUGGAUUAAAAUUUUGUCCCCGCAAAGUUGGGGCUUUCGAUGGUUUAAUUUUUUUUUUAUGAAUUCAACGCGGAAACCAGAACCUAAAA